CUGAUUUCAGAAAACGACAUUCUCUUUUCAGAUCGUACCUAUUUUUUCUGUCUCAUUUAAACAACAGUUUCACAUUCAUGAAAUGAAUUAAUUAGGGAAUUCAAGAUUUAAUGCACUAGUUAUCUUCAUAUUCCAAAAUGAAAUUAAACAUUUCAUUAUUUUGUGGAUUUAUUGGCCUUCAGAUUUCCCCGCAGGCUAGUUCCAAAGAGAACGAAGGGAGUCUUGGGAACAUCGAAUUCAGCUGCCCCGCAGAUCAAUAUUUUAAUGGAGGAUACUGCUUUUCUGUUGUGGACGUACCAAUGAUAUGGAGUGAUGCCGACAGAACGUGCAAACGACAAGGCCAGUAUCUGUUUUGGGUGCUAGAUGUGGAUGAAUUAAAAGCAGUUGACCAUUUAACAAAGUCAACAUGGGAAUAUUAUUGGUCAGGUCUAAGUCGAAGGGAAAGCUGGUUGACGGCUAAUGAGGUAUUAUGGAGUAACGUAAAUAAAACUUUACCGUUAGAGGAAUUUGUAUGGGAAGAUGAUCAGCCGGACACAGGGUACGGAGAUUGUGUUAACAUAAAAAAAGAUGGAUAUGGAACAUUCGAAAACUGUUUGAGAAAAUUACCAUUUGUUUGUAAAGCGGAAGCAGUUUUGAAAGGUUAUUUCCGCUGUAGAAGUGGAGAAGUAAUCCAGUUAAGAUUUGUCUGUGAUGGCCAUAAUGACUGCCAGGAUAUGUCAGAUGAAGCUAAUUGUGUCAGUAGAUGUCAUUAUAUGAUUGAUGCAGAACAUGGACCGGGAGAUACAAAACCUUCAGGUGAAAUUGUCAGCACUAACAACUACCAGAAUUCUAGAUCAUGUUUUUGGUCUAUUUUUACAAACGUUGGAUCAAUAAUAAAAGUGCAGAUAAAAUCGUUUAAUACUGAGAAAAACGCUGAUGUUUUGGAGUUGAGGACUGGUGGAAGAGAAGGAGAGAUUUUUUUGGCCGAGUUGACAGGCACUGUAAAUAAUCAGCCACUAUAUUAUUCCUCAGACAAUGUGUUCAACAUCCGCCUGGUGACAGACAGCACAGUGAUUAAAGCUGGAGGGUUCAGAAUUUCCUGGACAACAGAUGUUCCAGAAAUAUUUAAUGAUGUUCAAAUGUUGACAGCAACAAGUUCAGUGCAACUUUUAAAAUCUCCACUUUAUGAUGCUGGAUAUCUUCCGAAAGAGAAAGUUUUUGAAUGGAAAAUUACUGCCAGUACAAAAAAUAUCAUUACUAUGGAGUUUAAGAAUCUGGAUACAGGAAAAGAUGCGAAGCUGUACUUGUGGGAUCAGGAUGAUAUCUCAUUGACCCCAACCUUGUAUGGUGUCAGUGCCUUCAAACCAAAACAUUACAUCUCUAAAUCUAAGUCCAUUCGAUUGAUGUUGAUCUCUGGAAGAGAAGGAGCCCCGUUUCCUAAAGGAAUAUAUAUCAAAUACUGGGAAGGUUUGCAAGAUAAAUUGUAUUUCCAGUACAGGAUAUGUUUGUACUGAUGUUUGAAAGUCA